UCAAUUUACACCGCAGUCAGAUUGUUCAUCUUAACCUAACCCUCUCGAGCUUCUCUCCCUUCUUAUUCUUGUGUUUGGCCGCCUCCGGGGAAGAUUCUAGCAGAUCGAUAGCUUACAUCGUCCAUCAAUGGCGGAAGCUCAAGCUGUCAAUACCCCAAGCCUUUCCGAGCAAUAUCUCUUGAAGGAAAAAGAGGAGAAACCAGUUGUGGCUACAGAGCCUUCGGAAGAGAAGGAAGCUGAGAUUCCUGUUAGUGCUGCUUCUGAGGAAGUUGCCUCUCAGAAAACUGAGGAAAUACCUGCAGCUGGUGCUGAAGAAAGCACUGAAGUUACACCUGCUGCCUCUGAAGGGAGUGGUGAUGCCAGCCCUCCAACUGAUGGAAGCAGCAUUGAACCUGCUCCACCUGCUGAAGAAAGUAUUGAAAGUACUGAAGAGGAGACCUCAGGCGAUCAAGAAGCUUCUGAAGAGACGCGAGAGAUAAAGCUGGAGACAGCCCCAGGAGAUUUUCGUUUCCCAACUACAAAUCAAACUAGGCACUGCUUUACUCGAUAUAUUGAGUAUCACCGGUGCAUAGCUGCUAAGGGAGAAGGUGCUCCAGAGUGUGAUAAGUUUUCAAAGUAUUAUCGUUCGCUCUGUCCUGGUGAAUGGGUAGAGAGAUGGAAUGAGCAGAGGGAGAACGGCACCUUUCCCGGUCCUCUGUAGAUGGCAUCUGUCUUGGUGAAUGGUUUGUUUCCAGCUGUUAUAAGUGCUGAAUUAAUGAGUCGAAUUUCCUCGAUGAAAAGUGAUUUCUUCGGGAAUGGCAUAUUUAAGUAUGCGAGUUAAUAAGCAAUUUUGAAUUGUUCAUCAGAACCAGUCCAAUUCUGAGUUCAUAGGAUGUAUGCUCAUAUGACAAGGAUAUUGGUCAUCUCUAAGAUGGUAACCCUGUUUUUUCUCGGCACAUUUUUUCUACAUUGCUUCUGUUAAACCACGGAUGACCGGUGAGACUGGGGAAACCUGCCACAUAAUAAAGAGAUACUUUAUAUAGCU